UGAUGAAUAGUUUCGUGUCAAAAAAAUACUAAAGUUGAAAAAUCUCGAUUUUGAACACCCUAUAUCUCUGUAAUCAUUCCCGCUAGACCCCAAGUGUGAUACAUUGACCAAAUCAGCUCUUCAGGGAGAAUCUAAAAAUACAAUGAAAAAUAGGGUGUUCCAUAUAGAAAAAUCAAAUACUACCCUGUAAAUCGUUUGUUCCGAGCACCCUGUAUUUUCUGAUGUAGCGGAAAAAAACUUCAUCGAAAAUCAUUCAAGAUGAUAUUUCAAAUUUUGAAAUCGGUUUGAAAAUAGCUGAGCUAGAGGAGGGGACAUUUAUGGUGGAUCACCCUGUACAUACUUUCUAGGUGUCUCUUAUCGAGCUCGUCUUCUGGUCUCUGUCCGUACCGAGAUCACCGACAACAUAGACCUAGCGCCUGCAGCGGUGGAACUCGAACCGACCGUGCCAGUCAACGAGGCCUCCUACGCCAAAAACGAGGAGUUCUUCCUUUUCGCCGCCAUCUUUGAGGCCUCCAUGAUCGACAAGAAGCUGGGAGACAAGCCGGUCUACUUCGAGAUCAGCAUCGGCAAUGCCGGCAACGCCAUCGAUGGCCACAAUGAGUCGGCCAGGGAGCAUUACGAUUCAGACAGCGACGAGCUAGAGACGGUUUGCUCCGACAGCGCUUCUUGGCUGAGCACCACACCACCUGCCAAGCCCAUGACCCACGAUAAGAACUACUACUUUUUGCCCUAUUGGGACAACAAGCCCUGUAUGCACAUCAGAUCUGUAUGGGCUGACUAUCGACGGAGGAUGUAUAAUUCCAAUAUAAUAGCCAAACUGGUAGAAAAAUUCGAGGACGCCCUUUCCGAAAUCAACACCGCCAUCGAAUCGGACGACACCGACAUCGAGGUGCAGCUCAGACAGGUGCUCGAAGACCUCUCCACGGGCUGUCAGAAAUACGUGACGAUGGCGAAGGCGGCUGUGACUGGGCCUGGCACCGGCAAAACAAAGUUGGACAAGGAGCACUUGAAGUUGUGUCAAAGGGAAAUAGAGAAUAUCGGUAAUUCUGCAAGGAAUGUCAGAGCGUUAGUCACCAGACAUUCCUUCAAACAGCGAUACAAAACCGCACAGGGUUUUUUGGGAAAACUCAAAAAUCUCACAGAAGACCCCCAACACGCCCUGCCUGACGUUUUCCUUUGGAUAAUAAGCGGCGGCAAACGGCAGGCGUACCGACGCAUCCCCGCCAGGGACAUCAUUUAUUCAACGGAGGACCAGGAAUCCGGCAAGGAUUGCGGAAAAGUCCAGACGAUGUUCCUCAAGCUUCCAGGGAAGAAAGGCAUAGGUCCCAGCGGAUGGACAAUCCCAGCCAAGCUGCAGAUCUACCUGUGGCUAGGCAUGCUCAAGUACAAGAAGAACUUCAUCAGUGGCAUCCCCAGAGGCUACGAACUGACCCAGGAGAUCCGAAACGUCGAAAGACCCAGAGCUCUACCGCCUUCAACUAUUCACUAUGUGGAAAAGCACUUAUUUCAGCUACGUGCGAACAUCUACCAAGCAAGAUCUCUCAUAGGCAGCGACGCUUCUGGCUUGUCAGACCCAUUCGCCAGAAUAAUAGCUGGCGAAUUCUGCAAAACCACAGAGGUCAUCGACGAAACUCUCAGUCCCACAUGGGACGAGCUCUUGGUAUUCGAGGAAAUCCUCAUCUACGGUGAUGGCGAUGAAAUAAAAAAUGACCCACCGCCCAUAGUGGUGGAGAUCUUCGAUCAGGACAAGGUGGGGAAAAGCGAGUUCAUCGGCAGAACCAUGGCGAAGCCUAGCGUGAAGCUCAAAGACGAGCCUUAUUUGAAACCAAAGUUCCCUCCGUCACUCGAAUGGUUUCCAGUGACCCGUGGAACAGACAGAGCUGGCGAGGUACUCGCGGCAUUCGAACUACUGGAAAUUCCCAGCGAUACUGAAGAACCUCUUCCAUCUCUACCACAUCCCAAAGAGAUUCCGAUGUAUCACGAGACCGAUCUCAAACAGAUAGGGUUCCACUUACCGGUUCCUAGAGGGAUAAGGCCCACUUUGGCCAGAUAUAGAAUCGAAGUGUUGUUCUGGGGUCUCAGGGAUUUGAAGAGGAUACAUCUGCUCACCGUUGAUAAGCCCAGGGUAGAUAUAGAGUGUUCAGGAAAUAUUUUGUAUUCCAGCAUCAUACAAAACAGCAAGAAGAAUCCCAAUUUUAGUACGCCGGUGAAGUUUCUAGAUGUUGAUCUACCGGAACAGGAGCUUUAUAGACCACCUCUAACAAUACGUGCAGUAGAUUGUAGAAGUUUCGGGAGAUAUACUCUUGUCGGAACUCAUAUCAUCAACUCCAUUCAUAAAUACAUCUACACACCCCUAACGAAAAAAGACAGAGAAGCAGAGGAAAAAAGAAAGAGCUCGCAUUUACUGAAAGCUGUAGAAAGCAAUUUGGGAAGCAAUCAAGUUCCGCCAACGAAUUUCAUUGCAAGGAGUGAUAAGGAGAAAAGUCCUUUAUUGCCUAAGGAUAUAACAAUUCAAAUAGGGUAUGGAACACAAAAUGUAAAUAAAUCAAAAACUGAAUCGAAAAAAAAGAGAAAAUUGAGUUAUGACGAGGAAUUGGAUGAUGAGGAGGACAAUAAAGACUGGUGGACGAGAUAUUACGCCUCUGUGGAACAAAUGAUAGACGAUUCCAAGGAAGACAAAAAAGCUCUAAACCAUAACGGAAACUUGCAAGUCUGUGACGACAACAAUCAUUCUUUUUCCGGAAACAGUUCGGAUAAAAGUCCAGGACCGGAAAAUAAAAGACGUUUCGGUUUCAAAUCUGCUGCAACCGCUUCCAGACUAGCAGCAAGAAUUAGCCCGAAAAGCACCAGAAAAAAGAAUAAGCACAAGCACGAUCUGUUCAAGGUUUAUCCCACUGAACUGGAGGCCAGACCAGAAUUUGAUGAAUUCAAAGAAUGGCUACACACCUUCGAAUUGUACAGAGGCAAAAAGACUGGCGAUGAUUCUGAAGAUGAGAGUAGAGUUGUAGGAUAUUUCAAGGGCGCAGUGAAGGUAUACAAAUGGCCAUUGCCCAAAGACAUUGAGGACAAAACCGUUAUGGGCUUCGACCCGCAGUUCGGCUACUUCCAAGGGCUGCCUUCUAACGACCCGAUCAGGGUGUUGGUCAGAGUCUACAUAGUGAAAGGCAAUGAUCUGCACCCCAUGGAUAUGAACGGAAAGGCAGACCCUUACAUUGUCCUGCAGUUGGGAUCCAAGAGGAUCAGUGACAAGGAACAUUAUAUAUCCAAGCAGCUCAAUCCAAUAUUCGGAAAAUGCUUUGAAAUUGAGGCAACUUUUCCGCAAGAUUCUGUCCUGACCGUUCAGAUUUACGACUGGGAUUUGGUCGGGUCAGACGAUAUGGUGGGAGAGACGAAAAUUGAUUUGGAAAACCGAUUUUACAGUCGGCACAGAGCCAGUUGCGGACUACCGGAAACCUACGAAGAAGAAGGUUACAAUGCAUGGCGUGACGCGAUGAAACCUGCCCAAAUUCUAGCAAAACUCUGUAAAGACGCUAAAAUGGAUCCGCCCAUUUAUGCAGAUGGGUUGGUGAAGGUUGGAAAACAGCUAUUUUCAGUUCAAAGUGAUGUCGAUUACUACAAGUCUAAAGAUGCUGAGGAACAUUUGGCAUUAGCAGUUUUGCACAGGUGGCACGAGCUGCCCAAGUUCGGCUGCCCCCUGGUGCCCGAGCACGUCGAGACCCGGCCACUGUACAGCCCCGACAAACCGGGCAUCGAGCAGGGCCGGCUCGAGAUGUGGGUGGACAUGUUCCCGAUGGACAUGCCCCUGCCUGGUCCCGCUGUUGAUAUCUCGCCGCGCAAGCCCAGCGGGUACGAGCUGCGGGUGAUCGUGUGGAACACUGACGACGUUGUGUUGGAGGACGACGCUUUUUUCACCGGCGAGAAGAUGUCCGAUAUCUACGUCAAAGGGUGGUUGAAAGGUCAAGAAGACUGCCAAUGCACCGAUAUACACUAUCGUUCACUAACGGGCGAGGGUAACUUCAACUGGAGGUUCAUCUACCCUUUUGACUAUUUGGCUGCAGAGCAAAAGAUAGUGAUUUCAAGAAAAGAAUCACUGUUUUCUUGGGACGAGACCGAAUCUAAGAUUCCCGCCAGACUGGAACUUCAGGUGUGGGAUGCAGAUCAUUUUUCUGCAGACGAUUUUUUAGGAGCAAUAACUAUAGACCUGAACAGAUUCCCAAGAGGUGCGAAAUCCUCAAAACUAUGCACUUUGGACAUGCUGAAAGCAGAUGGUUCGGUCCCGAUGGUCAACAUUUUCAAGCAAAAGAGAGUAAAGGGCUGGUGGCCGUUUUUUGUUAAAAAGGACAACGAGGAGAUGGAAUUGACUGGGAAAGUAGAGGCCGAAUUUCACCUUCUCAGCAAGGAAGAAGCAGAAAAAAUACCUGCUGGACUCGGGAGGAAUGAACCAGAACCACUGGAGAAGCCAAAUCGACCAGAUUCUUCUUUCAUGUGGUUCAUGAAUCCUCUGAAGUCAAUCAGAUAUAUAAUAUGGCACAACUACAAGUGGACUAUUCUCAAACUACUGAUAAUAAUUGGAUUAGCAAUAAUUAUACUGUUAUUCUUUUAUUCAAUACCUGGUUACACUGUUAAAAAAAUUAUUGGUGCUUAAACUUUAAUCAGAUUCGAAUCAGGGUUAAUAUAUGAUUAUUGUCGAAAUUGAUGAAAAGAUAAUCGAAAACUCCAAAUCAACGACCAAAGUGCAUUUUGAAUUCACAUUCAUUUCCAACCAUUUUUCUCUCUAUCUCAUCACCUAUCAAUCAAUAAAAACAUGAUAGGAUGAAGAUGGCGGAACUUCUAUUCAAAGACUUAUAGGUAGGUAAAUUUCCACUAAUAUAAUGUUCUCCUGAUGUUUCAAAGAACGGCGAUUUUGUACACUAAACCAGGGUUGGCAUGAAUUAAUUCAUAUGAAUUAAAUCAGUGAUUUAAUUCGUGAAUUAAUUCCAUUGACCUUUUUCGAAAAAGUCAUGAAUUCAUUCGAAUUUUUAAAAAUGAGACAAAUUGCACUAUUACCUGCACUGAUUUUAACUAGUUUAAACUGAAAAAUUCGAUCGUAUUUUGGCAAGACUUUGUAAUUUCAAGCAUGACAGAUAUUUUUACUAACAGAUAUAUACAGUAUCAAAAGUAUCAUCCAUAAAGUCCAUAACAUAAUAUGAGAACAGGUUUAUUAUCACAGCAUCGAGUUUUUUUCUCUCGGCGAUCCAUUAUAUAUGCAUAUCCGAUAAUUUGAAAAUCGAUUUUGACACAUGUCACGUGAUCACUGGUAUGGUGAUAAAUAAAAAUAAUACUAUAAAGCGACAAAAAGUGGGUUAGAUAACAAAAUAUCCAUAAUUUUUGCAGGAGAAUUGGAAAUAGCUAUAUUUCUUCGAAUAUUCUUCAAUUUUGUUACGAUUCUCUUUUUUUUUUCUGACAGUAGUGAUGCUGAUGAUGUACAAGUUGAAUAGAAUUCAAUUUCAUGCUCACAUAUGGAGUUUCCAGCCAUUAUUUGAGAAAACUGAAAAUAGCUAUUUUAAUUUUUUUCAAUUAACUUCAUCUUUCCAUCUAACCCCACUUUUUGCCAUCGUAAUUUUUUGAAUUUACCGCCAUACCAGUGAUCAAGUGACAUGUGUCAAAAUCGACUUUCAAGUAGUCAGACAUGCAUAAUAGAUCCCCGAGAAAAAAUGUUUCAUUAUUCUACUAAUAAACUUUUUCUCCAUGUGUUACGAGCUUUAUGGAUGAUACUGGCAUUCUAUCAUCACUUUCAAUUUUGUUUUGAAAAAAUGACAUGUUAUAUUAUGAUGUUAUUCUACAAGAUUUCUGAAGGGAAUAAAAACAUAGUUUUUUUGUUUCUUUUUUUCUAUUUCGCUUUGGGUAGGUAAAUGAAAUUUGUUUUUAUUUUCUCAAAUGAAUUAAUUCAAAAAAGUCUGACUUGAUUCAAAAAGUCGGACUUUGAUGACUUUUUCAUAAAAGUCAUUACUUAUUCCAACCCUGCACUAAACUCCAUAACACUCAAACGCUUUCAUAGAUGGAAUUCAACACAUCUAAUUGAUGUUCGGAGUGAUAUAAUAUGUAUACUGUAGAGUGUAGAUGAUAUUUCAAUCGAUAUAUUGUGAUAUGAGGUUGAUUUCAAUAAUAAAUUUCUCGAAUGAUCGCCAUCUAGCUGAAAAACACUGACACUGUGAGUGAAUACACCAUCUUCCUUUCAUGUUUUUAUUUGUUAUUCAUUGAUGUAUUGUAAUUUAUUGUGAUAUAAAAUAAGGGCAACAUAUAUUUAAAAAGGGCAAAUCAAAAUGUGGAUGUUAUAUUUCACAAGCAAUGAAACCAAAGAAUGAAACAACAUGAAAUAAUUUAUGGAUGUAUAUUUAAGCUCAUAAACAUUUAUCUAAUGUCUUGUUGAAUAUUUUCAGACUUCUAUAUGUUAAUGUUAAGAUUGUAAAAAUAUCAAAUAAAUCAAAAGACAACGUGAAUUUUAUUCAGUACAAAAAAGUAUUGGAAUAAAACAUGCAUAAUUCUAAAAUUAAUUCCGAAACUAUUAAAAAUGUAAAUAAAGAUUGACAAUCAUUUUUGUCACACCUGCAUAAAAUAUGUUCUUCUCAAUUCUCACAAUCGUAAUGUGUAUAUUUCAAUUCAACAAUAAUAAAGCAAAAACAAUGUACCCAUUGUCUUUCAAUUGAACAACAACAUCAUGGUCAUCAGAAAUGUCUUUCUAUCCAUAUUUGGUUUUUAGAUCCUUUUUCAAACUCGUAUAAUAUUGGACAGGAUUUUGAAAAGGUAGUACAUCAUCCAUAUCCUCGUUAGGCAAACCUUUUCGAAUGGUUUCAUAAAAAUAUUUACAAGAAACACUGGGGUUUUCCUUCCUCUCGUAUAUCAUGACUUCCACUUCAUCUGGAUUCUUUGGUAAUAUCAUUUGCAAGGCUCUUCUCAAAUUGUCAUCGUCGAAAUGUUUGAAUGGACAACCACCACUAUCUCUAGCUCCCAAAUCUUUA